ACGAGAAAGAUCAAGAGCAGCGGAAAGAGGUUCUUUGGCUUUCCGAGUGAAAAGGGAAUACGUGACCAGUGGAUACGUAAAGUCAAUCGACGGGGAAGCCGAGCAAGCAUUCCAAACUCUGUGAUCAGUGUUGCUAAAGGCACCAAACCCGAACUUGGAUCAGCCGCUGAACCUGGACACGCUUCGACAAGCACAGCACCCCCACAGAAGGUACCAAAACUGCGAAGAGCUUUUGUUAAAAGACGAAUUGUGGAGAUGUUGCAGGAAGCAUCUUCUGCACAAGCGGUUGACAUCAACCCAACAGAUUUGGUACAUUCCAAAAGUUGUGAGACUGAAAAAGUUGCAGGGAAGAAACAGUGGAAACAGAAGCAGAGCAAAAGAUUAUCACAGGCAAAAAAGGAGAAAUUGGACAGAGCCCAAGACCAAAGAAGCCUGAACUUAGGAGCUGCCUUUCAGAGGUGGAGGGACUUCAGGCAGGAGAGAGGAUUCAAUACAGAUGCAGAAUUAGCAACAUUUCUGCUUGACUUUGUUUGUACUAAGGACACUCACACUGGCAACCAAGAUAACCUGAAGAAUCCGAAAGUUAACAAGCUGAAAGAAGAGUGCCAGCACCUGGACAACAACGACCCGAAGCUGACCCUGGUUAAGUGGCUUGUACCUGUGCUGAAGAAAGAGUCGUGGGUCAAGUCAUCCGGCCGAGGGCCCGGGGAGCAUGGCGAAAAAGGCACAAAGGAUGAUAGUGUUGAUGCGCCGCUAGAAGAUGAAGUUUUAGAUUCCCGUGGCCGCUUCAAGGAAGAGGAUGCUGAGCCAGAGGCCGAAUGGCAGCCGUACGAGGAUCAGCCGGUGUCGUACUCUGGCUACAAUGUGCCGGACUUGAGUGACAACGCAGACCUCUCCGAAAUGGCCACCGUCAACAAAAUGACCAUCAAACUUGAACCGGAUGAGGAGCAACAUGUUGACGUCAAAAAAGAAAUGAAAGAGGAGCUCAAAAUUGAGAACCCCCUGCUGCCAGUCUUUGAUGCCGGGUGGAAGACAUGCGAGACAGACCCGAAACACGGACAGGAUGGAGGCCGUCCUGCUGUGCAGGUGAAGAUGGAGUCUGAGAGAAGCGACCUAAAGCGAGCACGUGAGGAGAACGGGGGCCACAAUGAAGAUGAGCAAACCCAGAAGAAGAGGAGUAUCCCACUGGAUCGAGAUGGGCAUCAUGGUGGUGGACUUCGGUGCCAAGAUGCUGGGCAAGACCGUGAUUUUCCUCGGGGUUGCAAGGAGGAUGAGCUGAACCAGACGCUCACCAGCCUACUGACUGAAGUAGCCCAUCUCACAUUUCUCACUGACAAGUUAAGCGCUCACGUGAGAGAGAUGUGCAGGAAGCAGGUCUCCUUUUCGCUACACUCCAAAAAGUGAUUUGACAGGUGGUGUGGGACGGGAUAUAAAAACAUAAUUGUUGGAUGUAGAGACUGAAGCUGAUACUUCACACACUGGGAACGUCUGCAAGGAGGAAGAAGAGGACAUCACAUCAGGGCCUGUGAUUGAAUAACUUUUUGCUGCUACUUGGAUCAGGCUUUUAUGCUGCCGAUCAGCCGUGAGUGAACUAUGUUGAUCACUGGCUAUACCAUUCAUAUGAAUUAGCUGUAAGUGUUUCAAUUUAUGUAUGAUCAGUGGUUGAGACUACGUGAUGCGACAUGUUUGUUAGGGUUUACGUUACAGGUCCAGCACCCUUGUGCAGUGUGAAAAGGGAUGUCGACACUAGAUUCUUGGAAAAAGUUAAUCACAAUCACUUUUAUUGGUAUUGAAACCAUGUUUAAUUUCAUUUCAUUUAUUUUACAGCUUUGUCAUGAUUGAAUUAAAAAUACUAAAGUUUGAAUAUAGUUUAUGCAUGACUGUAUUGGAUUGGUUGUUUAUUGUCAAUUUUAUACUUUUUUUUUUUUUUAAACUACCUCUUGGCCAGGUCAUUAUUUUAAAUGGCAAGUUGUCAAUUCAAGUUUUCAACUUGUUCUAGCUGGUUGAAUAAACUUAACUUUCAAAAAGUUUUUUUUUUUAAUAAAAACUUUAUAUAUAGGAAACUAUUACUCUGGUCCUUGGCGACAUUUCUCGCAGUCAAGUGUUCAUAUCAACGUCGGGUGACACCCUUGAAGGACGAUCACAUCUGGCUCACAGUUCCGGGGCCUGGCUUCAAGUUCAGUUUGCAUGUUGUCCCUGUUGAUUUUCUGUAGUUUCCUUGCAGAUUCCAAAAAUAUCCUUGGUAGGUGAAUUGAAGAGUCUACAUUGCACUUAGGUGUGAAUGUGACUGAGAAUGGUUGUCGAUAUGUGCCUUGUGAUUUGCUGGCGGCCAGCUCAGGGUGUACCCUUGCCCUCGCCCAGAGUCACCUGCGACUCCAGUGAGGAUAAGCAGUAUGGAAAAUGGCUGGAUGGAUAAAAAAAAUAAGCAGUGUGAGUAUUAGCAGCGAUAAUAAGAUCAUCAGCGCACACACAAUCAAAAUAACUUUUUCAUGUUGUCUUUCUCUUGAGUACAGACAGUUAUCGGCUAGAUUUUGUUUGAAACAAUUUUCAGAUCAAUAUGCAUGUAAUAGAGUAUUCUAGUUCCUGCCUGCCUGGCUAAGUCCAUACAAUAACUUCUCCAAUUUACACACCAACCUUUCCCCUGCUUUUGACUUUUUCUUACAGCCUUCAGGCUGUUCUAAGUACACCUCGCAAUCAAUUGCUGCAUGCAGGUAUGCAGUUUUCACAGGCCUUUGAUGUAGAAUUAAAACUUUGUGCUGCCUUCUGCAUGACUAUUCGAACAGUGGUCAUGUUGGCUGAAGGUGAGAAAGUUUCCUCAUGGUCAAUGCCUUGCUCGGGUUGGAAUGAGUUGUCGAAGCUCUUGAACUUUGUGAUAUCAUUCACAAUGGGAGAUGUUGCUCCAGCGUCCACCACGAUCGCCUUCAUUUUUAUGUUGGGAGAUGUCGUCUUGCUUCUUGCUCGCUUGGCCAUGAAACACCGAUCCUGGUUAUUGAUGCCUUCUACUGAAUCUUCAACAAUUUUUCCGACUCUAUCUUCUUUUCCCUUUUUCCUGCAUAGCGAUUCAGCGUGUGUGUUGCUUCUGCAGUGUCCGCACCAAACCUUUUGAUUGCACUUGUUUCUGAUGUGUCCUUUUUGUCCACGCUUGUAACAUAUCAGACUGGCUUCUCCAUCCUUCUUGUGCGUUUUGGUGUCUCCUCUGCUUUGUGUCGAGCAAGUCUUCAUCACGCCGUCAGUACGACAAGUUGCCCUCCACUUUUGCAGACUUUUCAUCGACUCUCCGCAUUCUCUUGAAGUCCGUAAAUGUAACAUUGUCCUAAUUUUAUGUAACAUGGACAGCCAACGGCCUGAAAGAUUCUGGCAGUCCAUUCAAAGCAGUUGCUACAAGCAGCCCGUCACUCAUGUUCUCUCCUUCAUCACGGAGGGCUGAAACUAUAUUCUCGGUCCUUAUGAUGUAAGCGGCAGCCUUUGAAACAGUUCCUUGAGAACUCAUUAUAUUUAUCUUUAAUCAGCCGUGUUUAUUUUCGAUUAGGAAAAUAACGUUCGUACUCGCGCUCCACUUUGCUUAACAACAACUCUAUUGACGGAAUCGGAAAACGGAAACAACAGGUGAGCAA